AUGACUGACCGAGUCAAAGCCAGUAAACCAAAGGGGAAUACAACAGAGGAAGAUUAUGUUUUUGUACCAUAUGAUGUUGUUGCGUUCGCACCAUAUAAUUUUGUAGUGUUUGCAUCAUAUAAUUUUGUAGUAUUUGUACCAUAUAAUGUAGCGUUCGCACCAUAUAAUGUUGUAGUGUUUGUACCAUAUGAUGUUGUAGCGUUCGCACUAUAUAAUGUUGUAGUGUUUGCACCAUAUGAUGUUGUAGCGUUCGCACUAUAUAAUUUUGUAGUGUUUGUACCAUAUGAUGUUGUAGCGUUCGCACCAUAUAAUUUCGUAGUAUUUGUACCAUAUGAUGUUGUAGCGUUCGCACCAUAUAAUUUUGUAGUGUUUGUACCAUAUGAUGUUGUAGCGUUCGCACCAUAUAAUUUUGUAGUAUUUGUACCAUAUGAUGUUGUAGCGUUCGCACCAUAUAAUUUUGUAGUAUUUCUACCAUAUGAUGUUGUAGCGUUCGCACCAUAUAAUUUUGUAGUGUUUGUAUCAUAUGAUGUUGUAGCGUUCGCACCAUAUAAUUUUGUAGUGUUUGUACCAUAUGAUGUUGUAGCGUUCGCACCAUAUAAUUUUGUAGUAUUUGUACCAUAUGAUGUUGUAACGUUCGCACCAUAUAAUUUUGUAGCUGUUUGUACCAUAUAA